AUGGCGUCCGCACCUUCAGAACCUCUAGUACCGUUCGCAGAGGCAACCGAAGUCACACAAUCAGACUCUCACUCAUACCGCGCCAGCCUCCAGUCUGCUUGGUGUAUUGGCUCAGUACCUAAUGGCGGCUAUGUCGCCUCAGUCAUCCUGCGUGCGGCGUCCCUCCACCUCGCAGCGCGUGGUCAACCAGAUACCAUCUCUGCUCAUUUCGAGUACGUCAAUCGAACGGAGGUCGGCCCGGCGAUCCUUGUCGUCGAAGAGGUGAAGCUCGGCCGCACGAUUUCAACGCUGCAUAUCACUCUCUACCAGCAUGACCUCCAGCCUACCGCGCCGUGGCUUGGUUCCAAGUCCCGCAAGAACGUGCUCGCCUACCUCACAAAUACCCGCAUAAGUCUCGAGAAGGGGCUCACCCUCAGCACCGGAUGGACGGUGACACCACCGCUGAAGCCGGUGGACUUUUCCAUGCUCGAGCUCAACAGAGACCCUCACUGGGUUAAGAGAGACAAACUCACCGCCCGCGCAGUCUCUUUUGCUCGAGCGCACAACAACCUCGAGCACUACGUCCCGCGAGAGGGCACGCGUCGCGGGAUGGCGGACAUUUGGCUGCGAUUCAAGGCGGGACAGAAGUUUACGAAUGCGUCGCUGGGCUAUAUCGCAGACGCAUAUCCUACGAUCGUUGAGGGUUGGAGGCCGCGUCGUGACGAGGAGCAGACGCCGUUCCGGUCGAACGAGAUGUUUUGGUACCCGACAAUUGCUUUGAACCUGGAUGUGAAGAAGACCUUGCCUGAGGAGGGUGUCGAAUGGCUUUUCAUUCGGUGCUUGGCCAAGGUUAUUCAGAACGGUAGACUAGAUUUGGAGGUUGUUAUCUUAGACCGGGACCAGAACGUGGUGGCACUGAGCAAUCACGUCAACUUGGUCUUGUCGGCAGAGCGGAAUCUCAAGGAACGAAGCCACGCGAAUGGCAAACUCUAG